CAGUAGAUCAUCAAAAUGGCGUCUCUAACAAAAUGGCGAGUGCUUAUAUUGAGCUAUUCGUUUUUGUUUAUAGAUACGGCAUUGUCUUCCCAGGAGAUCAUGGAAAAGCUCACUGUGGGCUUUACAAAAGCGUUAGAAGAAUGUAAGAAAGAGUUAAAUCUUGGUGGGCACAUAAUGCAAGACUUCGUGAACUACUGGCGGGAGGAGUAUGAGCUGCUGAAUCGUGACCUGGGCUGCGCCAUCAUGUGCAUGGCAUCUAAGCAUGACCUCAUCACUGACGAUUUGAAAUUUCACCAUGGAAAAGCGCAUGAGUUCGCUAAAACUCACGGAGCAGAUGACGACUUAGCCAAACAGUUAGUGACAAUGAUCCACGACUGUGAAAAUAAUCAGCCAGAGAGCAGUGACGAUUGCAUGAGAGCCCUGGAAAUCAGCAAGUGUUUCCGAAAGAAGAUCCACGACUUGAAGUGGGCACCUUCGAUGGAAACAGUACUAGAGGAGAUAAUGGCUGAUAUAUAAGUUUACCCAAACGUUGACUCUCUUCAAAUGGGCUAAAAUGGAUAACAAAUGAAUAAUCAAUAUUAUAGAUAUUUUCCAAUUUUGUACAGCCGGCUAGAGCAGGCGAGUAACAUUUACUCAGUAAUUUUUAACAGGCGAUCAGAUAAGUUUAAAUUUUUGACAUUUUGAAUAAACAAAGCCUCAACUUACUCGAAGAUAAGUUUAAUCUAUUUGUGUGAAAUGAAAAAGAAUUCGAAACUAAAAAAAACAAAAAGUAGAAACUAUCGCAUGCUUAAGCUUUUAAUUAAGUUUAGAAAGCUUAGUUAAGGUUAAGAUUAAAAGAUGUCAAUAAAAGCUAUCCGUUUUAGCCCUGAUUAAAUAUAACGCUUCUCCCAAAAACUGGUCAGCAUGCCCCUAUUGAAAUUUAGCUAUUAAGUGGUACGAUGGUAUAGUAAUUUAAUAA